CUCUCGCCGUCGCAGACGGAAAUGAAGUAUCAAGGGUAGUAGAGGCGGAAGUGACGCGUCGAGGGAAAAAAAGAAAGAGGUCCAGCUUUGGGAGAAUGUCUGGAGGUUUCUUCGGAGCUGAGGCUGCUCCGCUUCCUCCGGGCUUCCUGAAGCGGAUUCUGGUGACCGGCGGCGCGGGUUUCAUCGCAUCUCAUGUGGUGGUUUCCCUUGUAGAAAAGUAUCCAAACUAUAUGAUUAUUAAUCUGGACAAGCUGGGCUAUUGUGCAAGUUUAAAAAAUCUUGAAAAGGUUUCUGAGAAACAGAACUACAAGUUUGUCCAGGGGGAUAUCUGUGAACCCAAUUUCGUAAAAGAAUUGUUUGAGACUGAGAAAAUUGAUAUAGUGCUACAUUUUGCAGCACAAACACAUGUGGAUCUUUCUUUUUGGCAUAAGCUUGAAUUCAACUAUGUCAAUGUUUAUGGAACUUACGUUCUGGUUGGUGCUGCUUAUGAGGCUAAUGUGGAGAAGUUCAUGUAUGUUAGUACUGAUGAAGUUUAUGGGGGAAGCUGUGACAAGGAAUUUGAUGAAUCUUCACCUAAGCAACCGACAAAUCCUUAUGCAACAUCUAAGGCAGCGGCUGAAUGCUUUGUCCAGUCGUAUUGGGAAAGAUACCAGGAAUAUCUGUUUAGCUCCUGGCUCCAAUGCCCAGCCUUUAAGAUAAGUGAAAGGUGUCGGAGUGUCCUUUUGUUGCUGCUUCAUAUUUCAAGCAUGGAAUUCUUUCCAAUAGAACCUAAUAGAGCAGCACUGGUGCUGGGCCUGGUGGCCUCUUAUUACACUCUUGAGUUUCCAGUGGUUAUCACACGGAGCAGCAACGUUUAUGGACCCCAUCAGUUUCCAGAAAAAGUUAUUCCAAAGUUUAUUUCUCUCUUGCAGCAAAACAGAAAAUGUUGUAUUCACGGCUCAGGACUUCAGAGAAGAAAUUUUCUUUAUGCCAGUGAUGUAGCAGAAGCAUUUCUUACUGUUAUGAAGAAGGGACAGCCUGGGGAAAUCUACAACAUUGGGACCGAUUUUGAGAUGUCUAUUACACAGCUUGCAAAAGAAUUAAUCCAUCUAAUUAAAAAUACCAGAUCAGAAGCUGAGACAGAAUGUUGGAUGGAUUAUGUUAAAGACAGGCCAACAAAUGACUUGGGAUACCCAAUGAACUCUGGAAAAAUGCACAGCUUGGGCUGGAGACCUAAAGUACCUUGGAAAGAAGGAAUAAAGAAAACCAUUGAAUGGUAUCAAGAGAACUUCCACAAUUGGAAGAAUGCAGACAAAGCUUUGGAGCCUUUUCCUGUCGCUGAAGAGUCUGUAUGAUCUGGUCUGCAGCAAAUUUGCAAAGAACGAAAUGAAGAACACAUUCUACCUCAAGAUCAGCACAUUAGUUAAGAACUGUGCUCAAGCAGCAAAAAAGGAGUUGUCGAUACUUGACAUUUUAUGAAUACAGAAUAGAAAAGAAUUUUUAGAACCUUUUGGGGCCUAAUUUCAUUUAAAUCAAUAUUCCAGUGCAAUACUGAAACUUUAAUUUUAAAAAUAAAUGAAAUUGAAGCCAUUUUUAAAUUAAAUAUGCACUUUUAAUACAGCAAUUUUGUAUUUAAUGUUUAAUAUAUUGUUUUAACAGUGUUAAACGUUUAACAGCAUAGGCAACAGUUUUUAGUUAAGGUGCAUUUUCUGCUUUUGUUGUCGCAUCCUGCCUUCCCAGAAGUCUCUGCUUGAUUAUCUGUUUGUUUGUUUUUAAAUAUUGUCUUAUCAUGUAAUCUUAAUUUUAAUGAUCUGAAGAGGGAAUCUGUCUCCCACUGCUCCACAGAAAUCAUGCCAUGAUUUGUGGACAACCAAAGACUUCUGAACUGAAGAAUACAGAAUGGAAAAGUGA